AUGGAACUCCGCAGUUUCCUGCUAGGGCCGCUGGCCCGUCUUUUCAGCAGGCAGCUCUCGCCUUCAUCUGCUCCCGAGCAGCGCUAUCAAACGUUACCGGGCGAGCUUGACGGCGACGACGACGAAGAUGGAAGCCCCGACUGUGUCUGCGAAGACGGCAGUAACAGCAGAGGGGAAUCCGCGGCUGUCCAUCGCGAUGCAGCAGCUCUACUACUCAUCAAGCUUGGCCGGUCGCCAACUCAGCGCAUCCACGUUUCGCCAGAGGACAGCGCUCGUAUCCUACGGCGCAUCGACAUCGCGUUACUGCCAAUCAUGCUGAUCGUCUACUUCCUGCACGCCCUGGACAAGGCCACGUUGUCGUACGCCUCAGUUUUUGGGCUCAUCGACGACACUCAUCUCACCGGCAGCCAAUUCUCGUGGCUGGGCAGCAUCGUCUACGUUGCCCAGCUCCUCAUGCAGUUCCCCGUUGCUUGGGCCCUCGUCAAGCUUCCCAUUGGGACAUUUACUAGUAUCAUGGUGCUCUGCUGGGGGAUCACUCUGACCACCAUGGCCUGGGCGAGUGUGUUCCCGGCACUUCUGGGCUCCAGAUUCCUCCUCGGCGCCUUUGAGGCCAGUGUUGGACCUAGCUUUGUUGCCAUAACUCAGAUGUGGUGGAGGAGGAGGGAGCAGACUGUUCGCGUUGGAUCGUGGUACUGCAUGAACGGCCUCACAUGGGUGUUUGGGAGUCUCGUCACUUACAGCCUGGCGAAGAUUAACUCGUCACUUCGGCCUUACCAGGUUAUAUUCCUCUUUUUUGGGGCCAUUACGGUCGUCGUCGCUACCGUCAUGUUCUUUAGCAUGCCCAACUCGCCCACCGAAGCCCGCUUCCUCUCGGACGACGACAAGGUCCUUGCUAUUGGACGCCUCCAAGACAACCGCCAGGGGGUCAUGUCCCGCGAGUGGCGACGCUCUCACUUUAUAGAGGCGCUCUGCGACGUCAAGACGUGGCUGUGGUUCUCUCUUGUGAUGUGCGCGUCGGUGCCGUCCAACAGCUUUUCUACGUUUGGACCCCUGAUCAUCCAGUCAUUUGUCGAGGACCCUUUUCAGACGAUGCUCUUCAACAUUCCCGUCGGCCUUUCUCACUUCUUUUCCGUGACGGCUAGCACGUAUCUCUCGAUGCGGUGGAAGCUCAAGGGGCCCAUGAUCGCCAUUCUCUGCGUACCGCCCAUUAUCGGGCUGGGCGUCCUCCUUGCCUUUGAACACGACACUGCCAACAAGGGUAUCCUCUUGGCCGGAUAUUUUUGUCUGUCCACGUUUACGGGUAUAACCCCUCUCAUCUUCUCGUGGUCGUCACAAAACACGGCCGGCGACACGAAGCGCAAGUGUACAUCAGCCCUCGUCUUCGUCGGUUCCUCGGCCGGCAACAUCAUUGGACCCCUGCUUUUCACUCCGGAAGAGGCCCCGUCCUACACGAGGGGUCUUCGUGCCAGCAUUGCUCUCUUUGCGGUCGUCGUCGCCCUCGUCGCCAUCACGUCGGUGUAUCUAGUCAGGUUGAACCACUCCCACGCUCGGCGUAGAGUCGCCCUCGGUAAGAGUGCCGUUGCUAUCGAUACAAGCCUUGAUUCAGCUGCUAGUGCUAGGAUGGUGGAUGCCACGAGGCGAGAGCCGGAUGAAGACAGGGAGGAUGUAUGGAGUGGCGAAAACGAGGCAGCUGGGGACAAGACGUUUUCCGAUGCCACGGAUCUGGAAAAUGAGGAUUUUGUCUAUGUCUAUUGA